AUGGAACCUGUUAUGAAGGUGACCCUUUUCGGAGUCGUUGGGAAUGGCAAGUCUUCUAUCGGGAAUAUGUUGAUUAAUGGUGAUAUGUCAGGUCCCUUCCCGGUUAUUGAUGGUGAAGUCGAGGUAAGAGUAGAUGGGAAUAUGAUGGUUUCUUCCUCAGAAAGGUAUAAAGUAAUCGACAUGUCCGGAGUAGAUGAACCGAAUUUAAGCGAUAACUCACGUGAGGAUUCACAAGAAUGGGUUAACAAGAAUAGGGAUGUAUUAGAGGGGGUUUUUGGAAUUCAUCCAAUGAUUGGGGUCGACUUUCCCUAUCAUAAUGGACAAGGUACUCGUGAACAGACGAGAGAGGUAAAAUUUGCGGAAGCUGUCACCAUCUUACCAGUGUUAGGCACUGCAUAUAGAUUGUUCUCUGCUGGUACUUAUUAUAUGGUGGGAAAACCAGAAACAUCAAAAGAAAGACUUCCAGAAGGAUCUAUUAAAGGAAUCGUAAAGCUGGUUUGGAGUUGA